UGGUCUAUCCUUUCUUUCUGGGCUGCUGCUAUUGCCACAAGUGACGCUCACUCCUUCAAGUGGGCCCUCGGUCUGAUCAUCGGUCUUGUCAAUCGACUGAGAGGUCAUGGUGACGAGUUCCUAAAACUCCACAGCAAGGGAGCUGAACUGAACGCCACUGCGCUAGCAACCGAUAAAUUGAACAAGGCCAUGGAACCCGUGCGUGAUUGUGUGCGCGAGAGUCUGAAUAAGCAGGAGAGCCUGCUGAAGGAAAUCCAGACCAACUACGAGUCUGUGUUUGGAAAGACGAAGGCGAAGACUACCAUCGGCACGACCCUGCUCAUGGCUGCAGAGGCUUACAGCCAACUGACUCAGGACUUCACUCAGGGCGUUACCUUCUAUGCCGAUCUAACCGAAAUUCUCCUAAAGUUCCAGAACAAGUGGGGUUUCAUGAUACGGAGUACCUGUCCCGUCUCGGUAAUGUUCCACUCCCUACGUCUAACCAGUUAUAAAAUCCACUCCUCUGUACUCCCGUAG